AUGCAUAUUCAUAAAUUAAGAAAGAAAAUAAAAAAAAAAAAAGAAGGAAAGUAUUUAACAAAAAAAAGUAUAUUAAAAAAAUUAUAUAUAAAUGAAGAUGAAUUUAGAAAAUUAUGUAUAUUUAAAGGAAUUUAUCCUAAAGAUUUUAAAGAAAUCCCCUUAAAAUAUAGAAAAAAAUUUUAUAAACACAAAAUAUUUUAUACAAGAAAUGAUUAUUUAAAAUUAUCCCAUGAAAAAAUUAUUCAAGAUUUUAGAAAAAUUAAAAUAUUUUUAAAAAAAUAUAAGAAAUUUAAAAUAGUAUUACAGGAUGAAACAAGAUGUAAAAAUAUAAUAAGCAACUUUCCAAAAUAUAAAUUAGAUCAUAUUAUAAAAGAAAGAUUUCCUGUUUUAUCUUAUGCAAUUGAGCAGUUAGAUGAUUCCUUAAGUUCUAUUGUAGCUUAUUCUUUAUUACCAUCUAAUGAGAAAUUAGGAAUAAAAAAUAAUUUAGUUAAAUUGUGUGAAGAUUUAAAAAAUCAUUUUCAUUAUUAUGUAUAUAAAACAAACAAAAUAAAAAAAGGAUUUAUAAGUGUUAAAGGUUAUUAUUUACAGGCUGAAAUUUUGCAGAAAAAAGUUACCUGGAUUAUACCUCAUAUUUAUACACCAUAUUUAUCGAAAUCAAUUGAUUUUCGUUUAAUAACAACUUUUAUUGAAUACUAUAUUUCUUUAUUAAAAUUUGUUUUAUUUAAAUUAUUUAAAUUAGAUAAUUUACAAUAUCCACCAGAAGAAAACGAAACUUUAAAAAACGAAAAAUUUAAACAUUUAUCUUUUGAUCCUUACUUUAUUUCUAUAUAUGAAACAAAAAAAAAGGAUUUAGAAAAUAAAAAAGAUAAGAACAAAUAUGAGAAAGAAAAAAAAAAAAAAAAAAUUAAAAACAAAAACGUAUGUGAUGAUGAAAAAGAAAAUGGUAAUCUCUCAUUUAUAAAAAGAAAGAACAAAAUAAAAAGUAAAGAAAAUAAUGAUGAAAAUAAGAAUGAUCAAAGCGCAGAAAAGAGUAUAAAGAAUGAAAAAGAAACUCAAGGUGAGAAAGAAAAUGAGAAAAAUGAAAUUUUCAUAAAUAAUGAAGAUAACGAAAGCAAAAAUAUAGUUGUAAAACAUAAUAUAAAUGAUGAAGAUAAUACAAAAGAACUUUUUAAAGAUUAUAUUUUCUAUAUUCAUAAUGAUAUGCCAUUUGAUAUUUUAUCAAUUAUUAUUUUAUCAUGUGGAGGACAAAUAUGCUGGAAAAAUUUAUACUCACCAUUUAAAUAUGAAAGUAACAAAAUUACACAUGAAAUUAUAGAAUCUCAUGAGUCUAUCAAAUUAAAUGAAUUUAAAUAUAAAAGAAACAUUAUACAACCUCAAUAUAUUUUUGACUGCUUAAAUCAGAAAAAAAUAUUACCAUGUAGUGACUAUUUUAUAGAUAAAAACCUACCAGUUCAUUUAUCUCCUUUUAUUGAAGAUGAUAAUUAUAAAAAUUUUGUAAAAAAAGAAGAGUAUACAAUAAAUAAGAUGCUAAUUAAAAAUGAUUCUAAUCAAGAAAAAAAUAAUUCCAAUGAAAAUGAUGAUGAAGAAAUUUUAAAAUCAGAAGAUGAAAUGAAUGAUAUAAUUCUUGAAAGUCAUAGAAAUGCUGCUUUAAAUAAUCAAGUUGAAUUAGAAAAUGAAGAUAAAAAUAUAGAUGCUAUGAAAAAGAAAAAAGAUAUAAGUAUUUCUAAUAUCAAAAAUUUAAAAAACCAAGAAGAAAUACAAAGAAACAAAAUUGCUUUAAGUAAAAAAAAAAGAAAGUUAUAUUCAAGAAUUGAAAGAGCAGAGAAAAAACAAAAAUUAAAAGUAGAAAAAUUUUUAAAAAAAGCGAAAAAUAAAAAAGGGAAAAAUAAAUAA